CUCAAAAGCUCUUUCAAUACUGAGCAACGAUGAAGGUUCUGGUCAUGUUGGCAUUUUUGGGGGUGUGCUCAGCAGGCGACCCCCAUCAGGUCUACGGCUCCGGCUGGGAUCCUCAUGGAGGCGGAGGAGGAGGAGGAGGUUACUACCAGCCUCGAUAUACUGGGCCUUUGGCUUCGUCCGUUCCAGCAGGCAUCGGAGGGAAGGUCAUCCCUGUCUCUGAUACCUACGAGGUGGCUGCUGCUAAGAAUGCCUUCUACCACGCUUACCAGAGGCAGUUGGCAGCCGUUGCAAAAGGUGGCCACGGCCAUGGUGGAGGAUAUGGACAUGGAGGAGGAGGCUUUGGACAUGGUGGAGGAGGAUUUGGCCAUGGUGGAGCAGGCUUUGGACACGGUGGAGGCUUUGGACAUGGUGGAGGCUUUGGACAUGGUGGAGGCUUUGGACAUGGUGGAGGCCAUGGUGGAGGCCAUGGUGGAGGCUAUGGCUACGGUGGAGCUCCCCUGUACGACGGCAUAGUUGUAGACACUCCAGCUGUGUCCUCAGCAAAAGCCCAGUUCUACCGACACUACAGCCGACUGGGAGCUAAGGCUGCAGCAGCCCCUGAUAUUGAUGUUUACGGAAACCAGAAGGGUUAUGGCUCCGGAUGGUAUUAAGGAAGGGGACACCGGAUGAAGAAUCUUACAUCAAAGUCUAUAGUGAUGUUGCUUUUGUCCAUGAGUUACUUGUCUGUAUGUAUGAUGUAUAUUUUGCUCUACGAAGUCCCACUGAUUAGCAAAUAAAAAGCAGAAGAAAUA